AUGUUUUUAAUUGCCUUAUCCUAUAUCAGACAUGACCAAAUAGAUGCUCAUAUACAGAAAGAAUCAACUCCCUCAUUUCAAGAAGUUAAGCUUGAUGUAAAUCACACUGAAACUAAACUUGUUUUUAUUGAUACCGAGACCAAACUUCAUGGAACAAUAAUUAAUAGUGGAAAGAGAAGUGAAUUCUAUCGUUCGUCUAUUGUAAUCAAUGAUAAAACAGAAUUUUCAAAUAAUUAUGCAUUUUGUGCAGGAUCAGCGGCCGGCAUAGGUGGAGCCAUAUUUAUCUCUUUCUCAAUGCUUACAUGCGGCGAAAACGUUGAAUCAAUCAUCUUCAAAAAGAAUGAAGCAAGUGUUGGAGGAGGAAUUGCUUCUCUUUCAUCAGCUGUUUAUCUUGACAAGGUCACAUUUUCUGGUAAUACUGCUUUCAAGUAUGGAGGAGCCAUCUAUUACCAAGGAUUUGUCCCCUCAUUGAUUACAACACCUCCAGGUGCAAUGAAAAUAGUAACACAAGAUUGCACAUUCAGAAAUAAUGCGGCCUAUGAAUUAGGCGGCGCAGUGGCCGCUUUCCAUGCCCUUGAAGUUUAUCAGGAAAGAUCUUUGAUUACAAAGAAUUCAGCAAAUUUAGCUGGUGCCGGCAUGUACAUAUCAAAUACAGAGAACAUUAAAUUAUAUCAGUGCUAUAUCUAUAGUAAUCUCAUUAAGAGUUCUUUGUAUCGCCAAUUUGGAAAUGAAAAUCCAUUUUCUUCCAAAUCAAAAGGCCUCCAAUUACAUGAACUGCAAGAUUUACCAGCUCCAACCUUCUCAUAUCGUGGUGGAUCAGGUUUAUUCGUUGCAUCAAACUCAAAUUCAGGAAGAAAAGAUAUUCAGACUGUAAUUUAUACACACCAUAACUGUAUAUCAGGUAACAAUCCAGGAACAACAGUAAGUCUCCAAGAUAAAACAGGAAAUGACAUUUUAUUUGUUGGAAGUAUCAAAUGGACAUCAUAUGAAGAUAACAUCAAUGGAAUUAAUAGUACAGAUGACAUGAAUAACAUUGUUUUCUUCUCAAACGAAACAAGUAAAGGAGAAACUGAAUUUAUAAAAUUAAAUUCUGCUUCAAUUGUUGAAAAAUGCAAUGGAAACACAGAUUAUGCAGCUGCAAAGCCUAUAACAGUUGGACCAAAGAAAGUAAACAGACAGGUUCCAAAUAAUGAUGCCGUAGAUAAAACAAGUGAAAUUCCAAAUCCAACAAAGUUUACUUAUGUUGCAACACCAAUUACAAAAUAUACUAAACCAUAUAGUGAAAAAGUAAAAUUCGAUAUUGAUGAAGAAUUCCCAUUCAAUCCUAUAACACAAGCUCCAUAUUCAGAAACCAAUUCUGUUUCGAAUAAUUCUGUUGAAUCAAGCAAACCAACAGAGGGCCAAAACGCUGCAAAUCCAAGAAAGAAGACAUCAAUAAUAUGGAUUAUCGUUGGAUGUGUUUGUGGUGCCAUUUUGAUUGGUUUAAUCCUUGCAUUUUUCAUCAUUCGCUCAAGGAAGUCAAAUGAAGAAGAGGACACAAAGAGCUCAUGCGAAAUGGUUGAAGAAACAGUUAUUUCUUCAAUUCGUGCAAAUGAUCUUGCUGUUACAAUUGAUAAUCCAUUAUGGACUACAACACAAGAUAAUGAUAACAGUGAUCCAUUCCGCACAGAGUUUGAAGAGAAAAGAAUGGUGUUUAACUUUAAUUUAUAA